UAUAUGUCAAAGGCCAGUGGUUGAUCUUAUCUUAACUCUAUAAUCAUGUCUGCCGAGGAAGGUACGUCACCAUGGCUGUCAUCUUUACUGAUAUUUACUGUGAUCCAAGCCUCUGCUUUCGUAUCAGUUACUGUCCUUCAAUUUUGUGCUUUGAGUGAUAUAGAGGACAUCGACAUUGGUUUGGAAAGCAGAAUCAAAUCAUGGCAUUUAUCGCAGGAGAGAUAUAAAAGGGACACUCAUGAUAAGAGAUUUCUAGAUGGUAUUUUGACUGAUCUUUUACUACAACAGGAAAAGAUUCUUGCUCAGCAUUGUGUUCAUAAAGACCAUCCAUGUCAACCAGGAGACCUAGGGGACAAAGGCAAACAAGGAGAAAUAGGCGAGAAAGGACAACCAGGACCAAUAGGAAGAACGGGCGACCAAGGACCUAUUGGACUUGAAGGACAAAAGGGAGAAAUGGGUGCAUUUGGGGCACAAGGAGAUAAAGGUAUUACGGGAGAUAUUGGAGAUACAGGUCCACAGGGACCAAGAGGAAUGAAAGGAGAUCCAGGACCAAGAGGGAUCAAAGGUCAAACAGGUCUUCCAGGAUUACAAGGACAAAAGGGCGAGACUGGUUUGCCUGGAUUAAAAGGAGAUCUUGGAUUAAUUGGUGAAGCAGGAAUAGAAGGAGACAGGGGAUUGACGGGACCUAAAGGUCUUCCUGGUUCUAAAGGAGAAGCUGGUCCAGAGGGUCCACCAGGGAAAGACUCUAAGAUGUUACAGGAUGGCUGUGAAUGUCUCAAACCGCCAAAAUUUACGAAUAAUUCUGCACACCAUGCAUACAUAUAUGGUUCACAGAAUGCAAUUCCAUGUUAUUUUACGGGAAACCCCAAACCAACAUUCACUGUUACCAAGGUUCCUAAUGAUGGUUCCCAGUCUACUGGUACUCGCUACAGAUGUGAAGCUACAAACUCUGUCGGAUCAGCAGAAUACUAUGUCAACGUUGAAAUUGGACAGCCACCUAAAAUGGUGAUUACUCCUACCGACUCCAAUCUUGUACCGGGUUUAACAUUCGAACUUACAUGUUCAGCUGGUGGCACACCAAAACCCAAAAUGUCUUUCUAUCAUGACGGUCAUCUUGUAAAUACCACGAGUCGUUAUUUCGUCAAUGGCGAUCACCUUACAAUAAGAAAUACCGUUCCAAGUGAUAGCGGAAGUUAUUACUGUUUGGCUAAAAACGAAUUUGGUGAUGAUCAAUCAAAAUCUUGGAAACUCACAAUUUCCUAAUAACAAGAGUGCACACGCUGAAA